AUGUCGAAACGUUCUCCUCCAGCGUCAACACUGCAUCAAAGACGUGGUCAUGUGGGGAACCUCAAGAGCAUCGACACCGACAGGAGACACCUGACCGGUCCGUUCGUGACUCAAACACCACUGGAUUCCGCUACUCCAGAAUCCAGCUACUUCCCCGUGCCGACUGUUGGUCGUCAGGGAAGUACGUUUUGGAGUGACCUCAAGUCUUGGAGAUGGGUCGUCAAUCCAGUGUCGUCGUUCAAGUUACUCGCCAUCCCCGUUAUUCUCUACUUCAAUUGGGAACUCGUCGCCCAGAACAUGGCACCCGGCUUGUCGAACCCGUUUAGUCCCCUACUAUUCAUCUCAUACCCUGUGGGGUCGGACUCAGUGGACGUACGAUACGCGAAAGGGUACCUAGAUCUGGUUUUCCUCGCAUAUUAUAUCAUUUUCUUCUCUUUCGUGCGGCAAGUUAUCAUUAUCCAUGUCUGCCACCGUGUUGCCCGCUAUCUUGGUAUUAAGCGUGAAGGGAUAUUGGAUCGCUUUGGUGAGCAGGGCUAUGCACUAAUAUACUUCGCAAUCAUGGGUGCAUGGGGCUACCGCAUCAUGGGACAAUUGCCAACGUACUGGUUCCGGACGGAGUACUUCUGGAUUGGUUACCCCCAGUGGGAAAUGAAGCCUGAGUUAAAACGCUAUUAUUUGAUGCAUAUGGCGUACUGGUGCCAGCAACUCAUCGUUCUUCUCCUUGGUCUGGAAAAGCCACGCAAGGACUACCAGGAACUUGUUGUCCAUCACAUAGUAACUUUAUGGCUGAUUGGUUGGAGCUACCUGGUCAACCUCACACUAAUAGGCAACGCUGUAUAUAUGAGCAUGGACAUACCAGACGCGUUCCUCGCUUUUUCCAAGCUCCUGAAUUAUAUCAAGCUGGAACGUGCAAAGUUCGUUUCAUUCGUGGUAUUCAUCGCGGUUUGGACAUACUUCCGCCAUUACUUGAACUUCGUCAUUCUUUGGUCUGUUUGGACGGAGUUUGAUCUCGUUCCUGAGGUGUCCCGCGUAUGGGCACCACCGACAGGUGCUUGGCUGGUGUGGUGGAUGAAGUACCAGAUCUUUGCGCCGAUCCUUCUUUUGCAAAUGCUCAAUCUCUUCUGGUACUAUCUCAUUUGGCGCAUUGCGAUUCGGUCCAUCACCAGUACUUUGACAGACGAUAGAUCGGACGACGAGGAUAAUGAUGGAGAUGCCGACGAUAUCAACGAAAAGGAUGAGUAA